AUGAACCUGGAAGAUGAGAACGCAAGUUGUGUUGCUGGUUCAGCGUUUUCAAACGAUGACCCCCCGUGUAUCGUUGGAAUGGCAUGCCGCCUCCCCGGGGAUAUUCGCUCCCCGUCUGAUCUCUGGGACUUCCUGCUUAAGCAAAAGUCCGCACAGGGGCCUGUACCGCCUGAGCGAUAUAACAUUGAUGGAUUCUACCACCCUCAGGGGAACCGUAGCGGUGCUACGAAUGUAGCCGUUGGAUAUUUUAUCGACGAGGAUGUACGUCAAUUCGACAAUGCAUUCUUCGGUAUUAACAACAUGGAAGCUACAUAUAUGGAUCCUCAGCAACGGAAACUCCUCGAGGUCGUUUACGAAUGCCUCAUGAGUGCUGGUAUACCCAUGGAUAGCGUGAUGGGUUCCGACAUAGGCGUCUACGUUGCCAACUUCUCUGUUGACUACCAGCCCAUUCAAACCCGCGACCCCGAUUACCUGCAUAGGUACAUAGCGACAGGCUCGGGGGCUACCAUAAUGUCAAAUCGGAUCAGUCAUGUUUUCAAUCUUCACGGACCUAGUUUUACCAUAGAUACUGCGUGCUCUUCAUCGCUCUACGCCCUCCACCAAGCACUCAACGCCAUGAAGGCAAGUGAUUGCGAUAGCGUUAUUGUGGCCAGCUCCAACUUGAUUAUGUCUCCAGAGCUCCAUAUCGCCGCUGCUAAAAGCGGAGUCCUUUCGCCUACGGGGACUUGUCACACUUUUGAUAUCUCGGCUGACGGGUACGGCCGUGCCGAGGGCGUCAAUGCUGUCUAUGUUAAACGUCUAUCUGCUGCACUUAGAGAUGGCAACCCCGUCAGGGCAAUUAUUCGGGGGAGUGCCGUGAAUGCGAGUGGUAAAACACCAGGAAUAUCGCUACCGAGCGGCAAGCUGCAAGAGGUAGUUAUACGCAAGGCGUAUCAGAAUGCCGGCCUAAACUUCGCCGGAACCGACUACGUUGAGUGUCAUGGUACCGGUACGCCCGUCGGAGAUCCUAUAGAAGUAGAUGCGAUCGGGAGAUGCUUUUCUCCACGAGAUGGGCCUCCACUUCUUAUCGGGUCGGUCAAAACAAAUGUAGGCCACAGCGAAGGAGCCAGUGGUCUCACCUCUAUUCUCAAAGUUGUUCAAGCUUUUGAGAAUGGCCAAAUACCCCCAUCGCAAGGGGUGGUCAACCUAAACCCUAAACUGAUCCUAGCAGAACGUAACUUGAAAGUAGCCAGUGAGGUAGAAGAGUGGCCCCGAGCGCUUCGUCGUGCUAGCAUUAACUCAUUUGGCUACGGCGGCGCCAAUGCCCAUGUCAUUCUCGAGUCUGCGGAGAGUUACCUUGGCCAAGGUUACCUAGAGACGCAUAGUUCCUCAAGAGAUGGCCUGGACGCACGAGAUAAUCAAGAGCUUAUAGUGCUGCCAGUGUCAGGAGCGUCGCCCAAGUCGCUAGAUGUGCUUAUCCAGCAAACCCUCCAAGCUGUAGCGCAAUUACACGACAAGAAGUCAGUACUUGAUUUAGCCCAUACCCUCACCAAGGGUCGAGACCACUUCCGGCAUAGAAGUUUCCUUUUAGCCAAACACGAGAAGGCCAGCGGGAAGUUAGUUCAUAUAACGGCAGAUGAAGCUGCUCUGGAAAUAAUGGUUAAUCCACUGCCCCUUAGCUUCGUAUUCACAGGUCAAGGAGCACAAUACGCCGGCAUGGCUAAAGAGCUGCUGUUCUCGAGUCAACAUUUCCGCAACACGAUCCGUCGCCUCGAUGGUGUACUUCAGGCCCUCCCGCCCCCACAUAGGCCUGACUGGACACUCGAACAGACGUUAUUAGACGGCGCAAACAGUCGUAUCAAUGAAGUCACCCGUAGCCAGCCUAUUUGCACCGCGGUUCAAAUCGGGCUAGUGGACUUGCUACGUAGUUGGGGAGUCCAUUCAGCAUCCAUGGUUGGUCACUCGUCUGGCGAGAUUGCGGCAGCCUACGCCGCCCAUCUCCUUUCCUUCUCUCAAGCCAUUCUAGUGGCUUAUUUCCGUGGUUACGCCGUCGGUUCCUUGCGCUCUAGGGGAGCUAUGAUGGCAAUCGGCUUAAAUCCCGAAGAGGCUGAACUCCUUAUCGAGAACAAAGGUCUUGAAACACAGAUUCGUAUGGCAUGUAUUAAUGCACCUGAAAGUGUAACGUUAAGCGGCUCCCCGGAAGCCGUCGAGACUCUCGAAAAGGACUUACAAGCUCAGAAUAAGUUCGCCCGGAAGCUUGAAACAGGUGGGCGUGCGUAUCAUUCCCAUAUGAUGGAGGAAAUAGGUGAGUUAUAUGAAGAACUCCUCACACCAUUCUUCGAGAACAGAACGAGAAGCGACAAGAAUGACACGAGACCUUCGAUGUUCGAGGGGAAAAUGUACUCUUCCGUAGGAUAUAACCCCAGCAGUCUUGGUGAUAUAAAUAGUCAAACCAAUAUGCCGGCAUACUGGAGGCAAAAUUUGGAGCAGCCAGUUCAGUUCCACGCCGCGCUUGCGAAUUUAAUAAUGGGGGAAGACAACGCUGUCCAUCUGCUUGAAAUAGGCCCACAUACGGCACUUAAGGGGCCUAUCAAGCAGAUCAGGACGGCGCUUGGACUAGAUGAAAAAUCACUCCCCUACUCACCAACACUGGUUAGACAGCAAGAUGCCGACUUAUGCAUCAAGACGCUUGUUGGCAUGCUUUUUGCACAUGGCUACAAGACAUUAAACUGGGAUGUGAUUAAUGGUCUUCCUGAAUCGGGCUCGAGGAUACUCCAUAACCUCGCACCGUACCCAUGGGAUUAUUCAGGGGGCUUACUUUGGAGUGAACCUCGUGCCAGUUUCGAGAUGAGAAACAGGAAACACUUGCGCCAUGAGCUUCUCGGCACUUUAGCACUCACGGGAAAUGGAAUCGACUUCACGUGGCGGAACUUGCUACGCUUGAGCGAAACACCUUGGCUUCAGGACCACAAGGUAGAAGACCAAAUCGUCUUUCCUGCUACUGGAUACAUGGCGAUGGCCAUCGAAGCCGUGUCGCAAAUCACAACAGCCAAAGACAAGCCGGCUGCUCAUCUUGCCUACGAAUUCCGUAACAUCAACAUCAGUGCUGCCCUUCACGUACCUGACGAGGAGAGGGACGUGUAUUCCACAGCCAAAGACUUGGAAAUCCACACCACCAUGUCUCCGCGCAAGAUAUCUAACGCCAACAGCUCGAUCGACUGGUACGACUUUGCAGUCUCCUCGUGGCUGGCUGGUCGCACCACGGUGCACUGUACGGGGAGUAUCCGUUUGACGGAGCCAAGCCGAGGGGCGGAGGCUGGCAGACAGGGUGAUGGCGUUACGUUACAGAAUACGAACAGUUUUGAUACCUGGUCCACGGGUAGAUGGUAUACCAAAUGGCAUCAAGAAGGGCUGUGCUUUGGUCCUCACUUCCAGUCCCUAAGUAGCCUACAAGCCGACGGUGGACGAAGUCGGCACGAGACUAUCGGAGUCACGCUAUUAGAACCCCCAAUCGCUAGAACGGGUAACGCAGCACUCCAAACGGCCAUCCUCAGCACAACGGCGGGACACGUGUCCGCGUUGAAAACUUGGCUCCCCGUCUUUAUUGCGGAGUGUAAGAUCCAGCCUGCACGGAGAGAUCUUACCUCGGACACCGAUGGUGCGGUUAGUUCUGAGGCCGAGGCUAACGGUGAGAUUCAUGCUCGCUCUGAGGAGACAGGCCUCUCCAGCAGGCGGAUCGACGGUACGCUGCGGGAUUCGCGCGGGGUUCCCGUGGUUGAUUUUAGAGGCGGACGCAUUUCACUGUAUAUCGGGAAGAAGUCUAAGCAGCCCGAGGGCAACAACACUAGCCUCCCGACGGACUUGUAUACCCAGCGCCAGCCGACUUUGAGAAUCCACUGGAAGCCCGAUAUUUUACGCCUACGUCCGGAAGCCGAAGUGCCGCUGAGGGACUACGUGAGAUCCUUCGUAGACCAACAACACGACGAUAUGAGGGACGACGAAAGCCUGGCUACAAUUGGCGCUCUUCUGGAUCUUGCCGGACACAAGAACCCACGAAUUCGCGUCUUAGAGCUCGGCGGCGACGCGUUCGGAUACAAGGCUAGACAAUGGCAAUCCAUGUUGGAUAAAGAGACGGCCUUCCCGCGUUACCGGUCCUGGCAUUCCGCUAGUCUGACCGAGAAUGAUAAUAUUUGGGUGGAGAGGGAAGGUGAUGAAGACCUAUAUGAUGUCCUCCUAAUACCUAGACAUGCUACUUCGAAACUAGUCUGGGGCCAGACACCGGACCAGAUCGCCAAGCUGAUCUCUGAUCAUGGGAUUAUCAUUACACGAAAAUCAGAUGCUGCAGUAUCAGAGUUGGAAGCCGCCGGCUUCGACGUAUUAGAUGCCGGAAAGCAGGUCCUCUUAGCUGUGCGGCCAAUACAGACGACAAUUUUUACAGGCCGCAAGGCUGUAAUUGUACAAGCCGAGAACUCAACAUCCGCCGUAAUGGAGUUUUCAAAUACUUUAGGAACGUACCUACAACAGAAGGCCGGCGUAUCACAGGUAGAUAUCAUCAAGCUCAAUCAGAUUGACAGCACACAGAUUAUCGAAACGGACAUAUGCAUAUCUAUAUUAGAGAUGGAGGGCGAAUUCCUCGCGACGAUGAGCCCAGAGAACAUGAAUCGACUGCGCGUCAUAACUAAUACGGCAGCCGACUUGCUUUGGUUCACGAGCGCAAACGUGCUGGGUAAUAUUCCAGAUCCCAACCUAACGCUUUCCAGCGGCCUCUCGCGCGCGUUGAUGCUAGAACAACCCAUGUUGCGAUACUCAGUCCUCGAUAUCGGACCUCUACAACAACUCAACUUCGCCACGGCUUGCGAGAAUGCACUAAAAGCCUUAGUAGCCAAGUAUGACAAGGACGAUUGCGAAUUCAUCGAAAAAGACGGCCUCCUACACAUUAGCAGAUACGGUCCUGACUUCCGAGUGAAUUCCCUUUUUCGACAACGACUAGGACACCGGAGCGAGAAGAAGUUGAAGACACUUACUAAAGCGAAACCAGCGCGGCUAUCCAUUGACCGAGUCGGGGUGAUGGACACGUUAUACUUCCAGCAGCUGUCAGAACCGGGACAGGGCGGGACACCGCCGGCGGAUUACGUCGAUAUCGAAGUCAGGGCAGUGAGCCUCAACGCUAAAGACGUGUACGCCAUGAGCGGUCGCGUAGAUACUCGUGACAAGACAACUGCAUUUGACUUUUCUGGCGUAGCGACUGCUAUCGGCCGGGAUGUCAAGCACAUAAAAGUAGGCGACCGCGUCGUCGCCUACGCACCCCAUCAUCUCGGCACGACGGUGCGCGUGCCGGCCGGAUCGGUGCACAAGAUGCUGGACGACGAAGAAUUUACUGUUAUGCCGACGUUGCUGCUUGUCUACGGCACUGCGCUUUAUGCUGUUAACGAACGCGCGCGUCUGCGUCCCGGAGAGUCCGUGCUGAUUCACGCCGGCUCGGGCGGGUUGGGCAUUGCUGCUAUUACCUUGGCCAGGAGAGUAGGCGCUGUGGUCUAUACCACCGCCGGCUCGCAGGCUAAGCGUGACUAUCUUAUUAACGAGAUGGGCGUGUCGCCCUCACACGUCUUCAGUUCGCGCGACCCGUCCUUCGUUCAGGCCGUGAUGCAGGCUACGGGUGGCCGGGGCGUCGACGUCGUCGUCAACUCGCUGGUAGGAGACUUGAUGCACGAGAGCUGGCGUUGUCUAGCGGAGUUCGGGCGGUUCGUAGAGAUCGGCAAGCGAGAGCUCGUGGACGCCGGGAAGUUGGACAUGCGCGUGUUUCUUCGCAACGCGACUUUUACCGCCUUCGAUUUGUCCGAGCUGUUCUACGCCCAGGACCCCUUCCAUCGCGCCAUUUGGGAUAGGCUCAUGGUCGAGACGCUACAGCUCUAUCGCGCUGGGGAGAUCCAGGCAUUGCCCAUGAAGGUUUUUGAUGUUAGUCGGGUUACCCAGGCGUAUCAAUAUUUCUCGAGCAGGGAUCGCGUGGGCAAGGUUGUUAUUUCUUUGGAGGACCCGACGGCCCGUGUCCCGGUCGCGCCGGCUACAUAUGCCAGUGUAUUCAACGCUGAAAAGGUCUAUCUCCUCGUCGGAUGUCUGGGUGGCUUGGGUCGUAGUCUCAGUCGAUGGAUGAUAACACGAGGAGCCCGCCACUUCGUCUUCUUAGGCCGUUCCGGGGCCGAUAAACCCAGUGCGAAACAGCUUGUGUCUCGGCUGGAAGAGGCCGGGGCUACCGUCGGAAUAUUACGCGGCGAUGUCUCCAAGGCUGCCGAUGUGACCGCCGCAGUUUCAACUUGCAUAGCCACGGGGCGGCGCAUCGGCGGCGUCAUCCAGGCGGCUAUGGGUCUCCACGAGGCCCUUUUCACACGCAUGCCCAAUGAGGCCUGGCAUACAGGUAUUGAUCCCAAGUGGCAAGGGACCUGGAAUCUGCACAACGCGUUGCAAGUGCACGUCGAAAAAGACGCGCAAAACGAGCCCGAUUUCUUCUUGCUUACCUCGUCGGUCUCGGGAACCGUAGGCACAGCAACAGAGAGUAAUUACUGCUCGGCGAACGGCUUCCUCGACGCCUUUGCCCGCUGGCGCCGGUCGCGCGGCCAGGCUUGCGUCUCGGUGGGCUUGGGCAUGAUCUCCGAGGUAGGCUAUCUACACGAGAACCCCGAGAUAGAGGCUCUACUAUUGCGGAAGGGGAUCCAGCCGCUCAACGAGGAGGAGUUCCUCCAGGUAAUAGAUCUGGCGCUGGCCAGCGAAGCAGCCUGCAGACCCGAGGAAUCGCAUCUCCUCACGGGCUUGGAACCGGCCGCCAUUCGAGAGCUAAGCGCCCGCGGCUUUGACGUAACCAGCCACGGUGUGCUGGUCGAGGCCCGCGCUUCUGUCUUGUUGGCUUCGUUGCUGGCUGAGAAGGAGGCCGCCUCAACGCCUCGACAAGGCGGGCGUGCCGCUGCGAUGGUGGCAGCAGCUUGGUUCAAGGACGUGCCUGCGGCCGUGUCGGCUGCUUUUGCGUCUGAGGCCGACGCUGACACUAUGCGUGAGGCUAUUUUGCGCUUGGUCAAGAAGCGAUUCUCUAACCUUAUCCUGAUGCCUUUCGACCAGAUCGGGGGAGACAGGUCGUUGCUUGAGUUUGGGGUUGACAGCAUGAUCGCGUCCGAGUUCCGCUCUUGGUUUUGGUCCGUGUUCCGGGUUGAUAUCCCGUUCUUGGAUAUUAUGAGUGCUCGGACAUCUCUGGUGGUAUUGGCUGAGUUUGUGGAAGCGAAGUUGAAGGUGACUGCUAGUUAG